AUGGGCGUAGAAGACUGGAUCCCCACUUACCACCCGUCUGGUACUUCUGGAGCCGAGAGGGCCGGCAAGACCAAGGAUACUCAAGCCCCUACGGCGAACCCUAGCAACAACUUUUGCGACAAGCAUGGUUUCUUACCCACUUCUGACGGUGGAAGCUCCGGUGUUCCAACGGUAACUGUGGAACACACCACCAGUGCUGAGCUGCAGAAGGAGAAGGAGGAUGAAGCCAAAGUCAAGGAGGAGGCCAAGUGA